GGCUUUGUCCCCCCCUGUUUCCACUCUACUUAUGCACACAUUUUUCCCUGCAUGCUGAUGAAUUUUGCACUUUGGCUCGGGAUGUUAGCGCUCUUUGACAGACAGCAGAGUGGGCUUCAUUCUCAGUGAUGGCCUGAUUCACUGAGGCCACGGGGGGCAACGAAGAAAGAGACCUCAUGUUCUCGGACACAUCGACAAAUAAUGACAACUCUGAAGACAGAGAACAGGCGCUGCAUUCACCCAAACACAAAGAGCACAGUGACGGUCCGCUAAGUGAUCCAUAAGCAGCUGUUAGCAUUGUCUCAAUAUGCUGAUUCCAGAGAUGCAGGAAUGUGUGCGUGUGCAUGCAUGAGUGUGUGAUUAUGUGUGUGUGAGUGUGUGUUUGUGCACCUCUGGUUCAGUCACACUUUUAUGAUUAUGCACACUAGAGAAUGGGUGCAGUUUAUUCAUGUGCAAGUCUGCACCGGUGUACAUGUCCAUGGUUUUGUGUUAGACUAAUACAGUAUGUUUGUGUGUCUGUGCGUCUUCUGUGUGUGUGUGUUUAUAUGCAGAUUGUGUACAGGCUGAGAAUGACUCGGUCCAUUGAGAGUCCUUGGCGGCGGCUCUGAGGACGCUCUGAUGAAGCUGGUUUGACUUCUGUGAAAUGUCAGUCAUGCACAUUUUAAGCAGCAGAGAAUAAUGUUGGCUUUAUGUCAGAGGAUGCUAAUAAGAUGUCACACAAACAAAAUGUCUUUCUUACAACUUUGUCCUCAGUGAACAUUCAAUCAAACAAUAUUGUUCUAUGCAACUUAAACUCAGGAUGCUCUGAUGCCCUCUCUGCAGAUACAGAUGCUCCCAGUAAGGUGUAGACUCGGGACUAACCUUUCCCCUCCUACUUUAUUUGGCACUCAACCGUUUGGAUACCAAGUGACUAAUCCAACCCUAAACUGCAAAGAUUGAGGUCAUACAUGCAUGCCAAAAAAUGUGUUAUUCAAGCUGUUCAGGACUGUGCAAAUCAAAUAGAGAUUGUAAUUUACCACUACUGAGGAAAAACAGAGGAGAAGAGUUUGGCUGGAGACUUGAGGCCCUGUCAUGACGAGAGCUUCAAGCGCCUAUCAGUUGCGGGACUGAAGGCAAGAGCUGAUUUUGUUGCUGUUUUGUAGGCAAGAAGUAAGUCUUGAUAUUUUACCUUCCUCCUGUGUUGGCUUUCACGACGCACUAUGUUAACUGGUUGGUUUUGACCCGUGUGUCAUGGUGCGAGGUUGAAAACAGAAAAAGGACCCAAAAUGAAGGACGACAAAAAUGAUUUAUUCAAAAAGAACUAAAAGAAAACCGAAAAAACUUACUUUAAAUGUUCAACUCAAAAAUCCAAGAAACACAAAUGGCAAAAAAUCAACAGAGGACACUGGGGGAAAAUCCACAAGACACUAGAGACUCUGACAGUGAACCAACCAACAAACAGGGGAAGACAAGGGGUAUAUAUACACACAAGGAAACGAGCAACGAGAGGCAGGUGAGACACAGAGACUCAGGGACUAAACUACUACAAAAUAAAACAAGAAACACUAAAAACUGAUAAUAAAUAAAACACUGUGGACAUGAGGGAACCGGGUCAGACACAAACUAAAAACUCACAAGACAGGACUACAGGGGAACAGGAACAAUAGGGAACAGAAACACGAGGGAAAAUCACAAAACCAGAGAAAAACUAACUCAAACAGCACACAUCAUGACACUGUGUCUUAAAUCAGCUGCAAAUUACACUAAAAACAAUUAUUUAUCAUCCAAUUUGGUUCUCAUCUCUAGGUUACCUUGUUCGGCUUCAUUAUCCAUGAAAAUAUUGUUUAUAGUAUUUUUUGGUUUGGGCUCUGGGCCUUUCUUUGUCAGUAUACCCCUCAUACAGACAUCGAUACUGAUUUGAUCUCACAUGUCUGGACAUGCCUGUUGUUGUUUUUUUGUGUAGGGAACAUCUUGGCAAAAUGAGAAUCCCCUAAAUCUCACAUGAUUGGAAGAGGAUCUGGCUGUCAGUGUGUUGCCUCACAGUGCAUAUAUGAUUUCAGUUUUGGCUCUAAUUAUUGUUUUAUAAUCUUAGCGACCCUGACAAGCCAAGUGCCAUAAUUUUAAUAAGAGCAUUUUAUAAUUUAGUAGAUUAUUAUAAUUUUUUUUAAAUGCAUUUAAAACCAAAAACAGGUCAGUGCUGACCAUCACACAGGAGGAGAGUUAAUGCAAGCUUCUACUGGAGGCCAGAUUGCUCUAUUUUGGAUCUGCAGAGAUUUGACUGUGACUGUGCUCAAAGAGAGGCCUGUCUGCUUAUUUUAAUCUGUUGUUUCUUCUCUUGUUUCAAAAUGCUGUCGUGACGAGGACUCCUUAAGGCAUAGGCCUCUAAAAGGUUAUAUAGCUAGAGGCACAGCUGGUCUAGUGAUUGUAGCGUAUGUCUCACAUACAGAGGUCAUAGUCCUGCUUGCUGGUUUGUCUCCCAUCCCCAUCCAUGCUAAGCUAUCAGCUGAUAAAGUCUGGCGUUAAAUUCAGCUUUAUACAAUCAGGAACAUUUUUAUCCAAGGUAUAUAUAUCAACAUGCACACUAAAUGAUGAUUGAUGAAAUAGUCCACUUGUUUGUCUGCACUUGAAUUAAUAAAUGAAUUAUACGACUUAAACCAUGUAAUGCCUAAUGAAGACAGGUCUCUAAGCAACACUGUCUCAUCUUAGAGCUGAGUGUGUGUGAGUGUGUGUGUAAACCUUUAAUGAACUGGCCUCAUUAUUUCUCAAGAGGAUAUCACUCUUUGUGUCUCCCUCACUCAUCCUGCUUCACACACAAUGCAACACACACACACACUCAGCUACUCAUGCAGAAAAUAAAAAGUACACACGUGUAAAGAGGUGCUCGAACCCGAACCAACUAACAUCCAUGACAACUGUCCUCUACAUGUGAACACACAGCUCAUUGACUUUGUGUGUGUGUGCGUGUGUGUGUGUGUAUGUGAUUUGGUGACUCAGCCGUUGUUGUAGUGUUUGUGACAUGGUGACUCAGUGUGUGUUUUGUUGUCGGGUUAACCAUCUUCACUUCCUCCUGCUCGUGAAGCAGGGACAGACUGACACACCUGACUGAUUCAUUCAGAACUUCACACACACACACGCACACACACACACACACACACACACACACACACACACACACACACACACACACACACACACACACACACACACACACACACAGGCUCUGACCCACAUUAACACACGAGCUUUGAUUCAUGACUGUGUGUCCAUUUCAAAGCAGCUCUAUCUCUGCCUUAUGCUGUGAGUGAUAUUUCCAUUUACAUUGUAAAUAUUUUCUGGGUGAUGGUGAGUUUUUUACACAUUUGUCAAUUUGAUGUUUCUUCAGUGAACAACUUCCAUACUUCUUUUGUAAUGUAUAUGGAUGGCCUUAUUUUUUGAUUAUAUUGAUGGUGAGGUGGGAGAGAGAGUGCAGAUACAGCAGCGCUCUGCAUGGACUUUCAUCCUUGACAAGUUGUCUCACUUUUACCUGUGAGUUAAGUCCCUGUCAUUCACUGUCAUCCAUCAACAGAGCCUGCUAUUUAGCUUUGAUCCAUCUGUUGCAAAAGAGUAAAGUACUUGGGGUGAGGCACAUGCCAAUAAGCAGGGGAGUGUCCAGACCUUUUAGUCUGGGUGGCCCAGUCUCAGCAUUGACACUGCUGGGGUGGCCUGAGGUAUAUUAUUGCAUUUAUAUUGUAACACCAGCCAGUAACAGAAGUCUUGUCUCUGACCAAGCAAACAGAUAGAUGAGAUGAUAUGAUUUUUUUAUACAAUGACGGAUAUCCAAUUUUACCCCAAAAUAAAAUACAAAUACAUAAAUAAUACGACCACUAAAAUUACUUACUUGUUGUUGGAAAUAUGCCUUAAAAGCAGAGUGGAGUGAUAAACAAUCAAGGUAUGAAGGGUGAGCCGUGAAACGUGGGCACAAAAGAUGCCAAAACAAACCCUAGUUUUGAGGACAAAAUAACUCAGAUGAAUUGAUCUCUGCAAAGUUAAAGCUCCUGUGAGGAAUUUUCUGUUUGUGUCCCUUUGGCGCCCUCUGUGGACAGAGUUGUCUUUGCUUACCUUGCUCUCCAUAUGCAUGAGUAGAUUUCAUUCUCACAGUCAAACUUAACACUUACUGUAAAUAUUUUAUGAAGAAAUUCUCAAAUUGAGGCUGUUUUUUGAAUCCAGUUGAUUCAAAAAACUUUUCACAGGAGCUUUAAUGUCGCAAAUAGAUUAUUAGUGUCUGGGAUAAGAAAAGAUUGUAAGAGAAGAGAGUUUUUAAGUAUGCACUUGGUAAAACGGGCAAAAUGUGUAGAAAAGGAAAAAAAGAAAUCAAAUUUCAAGAAGUCCAAACGCCAAUGUUUUUAAAGUUCGAAUGUUUGCAUAAAGUAGAAUAGGAAACCCAGAAUUUGUGACCCAAUCCCAAAAAUACAGGGUGGUCUUACUCUACCUGACCUGAGGUCGUAUUACUGGGCAGCACAGCUCCAUGGUGUGGUUGAGUGGGUGGUACAAAACUGGCUUGGAUUAGGGAAAAAUGCAUGCCCACUUGUGCCCCUUGAGACCAUCCUAUUUCUGGAGCAGAGGAAAUGAGAGAGAGUUUAGGAUUAAAAACAAAUGGAUGAAGUGGUCUCAUAGAGUGUGGUCCCUUGUUAGGAAAAAGAUAGGUGCACCUUUAACAAUAUCCAGAGUAGUGGAAAUAUUCACAAACUUCCUACCAAAUCAACUGGACGCUGGGUCCAAGAUAUAGACAGAGAUAGGAGUAAUAACUAUUAACCAUAUAUUUAGGGGGAAAUUUUAAGGUCAUUUAAACAGCUGCAAGAUCAAUUUAAGUAAGGUGCAAAGAUAUUUACAAUUGAGGCGUUAUUUUAUGUCAUAUAGUUAGGAAUAUUUUCAAACAAUCACCUACACCACUAGAAUAGUUUUCAUUUAAGAGUAAAGAAGGAAAAAAGUUUCAGAAAAGUAGUGUCAAAUCUUUGUAAGUGUGUGCAAGCACAUUUAGCUGAAUUUCUAUCUACUGUACAUGAUGGAAAAGACAACAGCAACUGAAGGUGAGAAUGGAGGAGUUCCUAAUUUAUGGGCACCUGUCAUUGCUUACCUAAGGUUUUAAGUGUAUUCUAUGUAUUUAUCUCUUAUUUGUUUACUGGUCAAUUUACAAUGGGUAAAAAACAUGAGAGGGACACGGUAGGAGGGGCCAAGGAGACAUCUACACUCUAAAUACCCUCUUUUCAACACCAGGGGUGAAAAGAGACCGACUACUUAUUUGGUUAUUUUGACCCAGAAUGUUGGCUUAUUCAAAUUAACUCAAAUUUUGGGUUGACACAAUAACCCUUUUUAAGGGUCAAGUUAACCCUAUCUUUGAGUUGAUUUGACUUAUGACCUUGGUUGAAAUAAAUAAAUAAAUAUGCAUUUGAGGAGCUUUUUUUUUGGGAGCUUUGCUUGUACGCUAUUUCGCCCAUGUACUUUUAGCUAACGGAUUGUAGGCCAUAGCGCUAAGAGUCUUGCCUAAAGACCGACACUGGUGGAUAUGGCUCGCUUCUUACAGAUGUGUUUCAUAUGGGAUUUAAACCCUAACCCCCUGGUUGGGAACUGGAUGCGCUACCUGCUGAGCUACCCCAGCCGCCUUGUACAUCCUGGGGUAGCUACGCCGAGCUAGCCCAAAGUUCACAAGGUCACCAGGUCACUUUAAUUGCCAUUAGGCCUUAAAACCACGUAGAGUCAAUCGAACCCAACAUUCUGACCCAGUUCUUGGGUUACUCUGAGAAAAAUAACCCAUAAUUAUUAACCCAUUUUAAAAAACCCUCAAAUUAGGUUACAAUAGAAUCCAUAUGACCCAAGAAAUGGGGAUGGAUCUGAAAAAUAACCCAGAAAUUUAACUCAACACGUAUAACCCAGGAUUUGGGUUUUAAGAGUGUACUGGGAAAAGAGAAUAAACCCAUGAGGGGGUGUAUCGGAGUGGCUCUUAAUUUUCCCUCAAACCUAUUUUUAUUUAUUCAUUUUGACGCUAUGAAAAUAACAAUGUCAGAUUUAAAUAGUUCUGUUUUUGAACAUUAUUGCUAGAAAGCCAAAUAAGUUAAAUGUAAUAUGGCGGAUGCAUUAAUGUUUUUUUUAAGUUUGAAUGUUGAGGAAGGAAGAAAACUGUAGAAAUGGGAAGCAAAAGAAGAAAUCCAGAUCAAAGUUGUGAUAAUGUGGUGACAAUGAAAAGAAACUGAAAAAAGAACAAACAUUGCAGUUUGUGUUUUGCUCUCAGUGCCUUUUCUUAAUUACCUCAGGUUGACACUAAUAAUGUGUGCAUUUUUAAAAUAAGCAGCAGUAACAUGUUGGCCUCUUAGUAAAAUAUACCAUGUGGUCUCAGUGAAGGAGGAUGUUGGGGGGCUGCCUGCCCUAUAGAGGAUGUACAGAGAGGAGGAUGUGGGAGGGCUGCAGGAGUUCAAUGCCCUGCCUGGCCUUCCCCUCCUUAACCAGGACCACCCCCGAGGAAGUUUGGGAAAUGUAGUGUCACUAAAAGUUAGGUGUCUUGUUGUUUUAUUAUGUACGCAAUUCAGUGUAUGUUCUUAUUUGCAAAAUCCAUUCAGAUCAUUUUCGUCUAAGUGAUUUUACUUUCUAGAUCUUUACUCUCCAUUUUUCUAAAUGCCGUAGACGCAGUGAUUUGUUUGAACUACAACUCCCUGAAAGCUUGUGGUUGAUGCGCAGGCGCAUUGAGCGUGGGGUACCGAGGAGGCGAGUCGGUGGAAAAUGACUGGAGGGAAGCUGUCAUCUGAUGCUAAUUUUACUCUUUAUCACCAUGAAUCGUGUUUUAUUUUUAGUAAAGUCGCUAGUUUGUCUUUUUUAAAGUUGUAUCGGGCAUCUGUAUGAGGUAUCUAUUGACUGUGGGUUUUUUAAAGAGACAUUUAAAACGCUUUUAACACCGGCGGAGCGGAGACGGACACACGGAGAGGAGAGCCGUUAGUUUUUCAGGAUGCCGCGGGACAACAAGACCCCUCUGAUCCAGAAGAUCGCAAAGCAGGCCCAUAUCACCUUUCAGGGCUUUCAAUCUGAGGCCAACGGGGACAACAAUCUGGACAGACACUCGGAACUGGUCUCUUUAGUGACUGCUAUCAGAGCAGCGGACCUCAAAAUCGUCCCCCGGAAACCCCAAGCGAACCCCGGGCCAGCGGGGCCCCAGAAUCCCCCAGUCACCUACAUGCACAUCUGUGAGACGGAGGUUUUCAGCAUGGGGGUGUUCCUGCUGAGAGCCGGGGCCUCCAUCCCGCUGCACGACCACCCGGGGAUGAACGGGAUGCUUAAGGUCUGCUCUCCUCUCCUCUCCUCUUCCUCUCCUCUUCUCUCCUCUCCUCUCCUGCUCUCUCCUCUCCUCUUCUUUCUCCUGUUCUCUCCUCUCCUCUUCUUUCUCCUCUCCUCUUCUCACCUGUUCUCUCCUCUCCUCUCCUCUUCUUUAUCCUCUCCUCUCAUCUCCUCUCAUGUUCUCUCCUCUCCCCUCUUCUUCUUUCUCCUCUCUUCUCCUCUCCUCUUCCUCUCCCUUCUUCUCCUCUCCUCCUCUCCUCUCCUCUCCUCUCCUCUCCCUUCUUCUCCUCCUCUCCUCUCUCUGGAGACAGAUACAGAGAAAGUGAUGUAAAGAAGAGUAGCUGAUGGUUUAAAGUUGGAGUUGGGUUUAGUUCUGACUGUCUUAUUUUGGGUUUUCUCUCCGAUGUGAGGGGAGACAAAAAAAGGCUUUUUCUAACUAAGUUAGGAUGAUGAUCUUGUCAGGUAAAAAAGAGAGCCAGCUUUAUAUAAACACCUAAUUUCCCAUGCAGUUCGACCUUUUUUAGGACAAACUUCUUUACAGUGGCCGAGAACUGCCACUGCUGCAAAAGUGGCAGUGCGAAAAAAAAAAAAAAAAAAAAGUUACUUUCUGCCAGAAUAAAAGGAUGCAAAUAAAAAAAGCCACAACGGAAGUGAGCUGCAGGGACCAAUAAUGAUAAAGCACUAUAGUGUUGUGUCGUUUAUGAACUAUUUGCUCAAAAGAACCGAAUCUUUCAAGUGAACAUACUGAACCGAAUCACUUCCUUGAGUAAUUCGCUGAAGUGAGAAACAGCAUCACCAGGCCAGCAGCUGGCAAACGAGGGACCACAAGCACCAUACCUCUUUCAUCCAGAUUUUUUUGCACUUUGGCCACGUUGAAGCUAAACACUUAAUGGUGCUCACUGCUUUCAUGGCAUUGUUCUAUUUUAUGAUGCUUAGUAGACAAGACUGGGCUGAUUAGUUGUCUGUAUUAGGAGAGCUCGUGUUAGAAGAAGUAUGGUGACUAUUUUUUGUCAAGAGCACAUGUAAAAUGAACAGUGGUAACCUUAUUGUCUGUCUGCGUCUUGUGUGACAUUCAGGUUCUGUACGGGAAGGUGAGCGUCCGCUGCUUCGACAAGCUGGAGGAUAACCUGUCGGUCACCCCGCCUGAGUUUGACCCCCCUGUCUCUCCUCCUGAGACGGCCUCUGUGCGGCGCGCCGUACUUCGCUCGGUUGCGGAGUACUCAGAGAGCAGCGGGCCGUGCCUCCUCACUCCUCUGCGGGAUAACCUCCAUCAGAUCGACGCUGUGGAAGGACCCACCGCCUUCCUCGACAUCCUGGCUCCUCCUUACAACCCGGAUGACGGGCGGGACUGUCACUACUAUAAAGUCCUGCACACUGUGGGAGAGGGAGGGGCAGGGAGUAGGGGAAGAGAGGAGGAUGAAGAGAAGGAGAUGGAGGAGACGUGGCUGCUGGAGGUCCCCCAGCCUGAGGACUUCUGGUGUGGUGGAGAGACGUACCCUGGGCCUACAGUCUCUUUCUGAUCACUGCAGAUAGUGAUGGCAAUAACAUGAUUUCAUCCAUCCAUGGGGGGCGAUCUGUCCUGCCCCGCCUCACAGGAGAGUCUUUUUUUUUUUGUACCUGGAUUUACCUGGACUCUACAGCAGGGCAGCAGCUGAUAGAAACAGGAGCUUCAAGGACAAUCUUCCACAAACCGCUGCCGACUCUGAGAAACAGAAGCUGUUCUUUGUUGGUGUUUAUUCUGUCAGCACCGCGGAGACAUUUGUUGCUGGUGUUUGUCUCCAGAGGGUAAACUCCUCACUGUGAUGAUCCAGAUGCUCUGUGAAUGUUAGCUGAUAUUUGUUCUUGUUCUCUGCUGCAGAAAAACUCCACAUCCUGACGUGUCUUAAUGCCAAAGCCUGUAACUGUGCAGGGCUGGACCAUGCAGCAGCAGCAGCAUCUUAUGAAAUCUUGUGAAGUUAGGAAAGAAAACGGAUAAGAAAGGAGGCCUUAACACUGAUCCGCCAACACAAAUACAACUGUCAUUUCAAGCUUGCACAAUCAUGUAGAAAACAGCUUGACCCUCACCUUGCAUUUCCACCAAGCAGUCUGGCUCAGUCUAGUGCACCCACCUACAUUUCCAGUGUCAAGAGUUGGGAAAGAUGCCAAAAUAACAGAUCUUUUUGCCAUCCUACUGUUGGGCUAUCAAGUAGAGCUGGGAUUUUAAUGGAAUUUCAAUUUUGGCUCUAUUGAGAAGUUCUUGUUGAUUUAAGCUCACCCUCCCUCUCUUCCUUCACAGCAGAGUGUGGACAUGAUCCUUCCCCCAAACAGCUCUCACUUUCACUUUAACAUGGGCAGCUUGGAUAAAUGUUUUGGAGCGCCAGGAAGUGAUAUCUCCCACCAUGAUAGUUGUGCAACAGCAGUACAAAAUGUCAGGCUGCCACAGGUGGAGAGAGAAGAGCGGGGAGAGGAGCAGGAGGAGAAGAGCAGGAGGUGGAGAGAGGAGAGCAGGGAGAGAAGCAAGAGGUGGAGAGAGAAGCAGGAGGAGGCAGAUGUGUGAAUCCAUAUGAAGAGGUCUUUUACUCUAGUAUAGUAUCCCCCCAGUCAAAGCCCUUAAGAAAAAAAAGAUGCAAUCAAGUUAAACAAACAAACAAGAUCAUCAAAAUUAACAUUCUUUCCAAAUGUAGUGAUAAUGACCAAUUUUUUACUGACAAAGCGCCUGUGCUCCAGAGUGGUCUGAACCCUCCAAAUGGACAGUUGGCUGUUGAAACACAACCAAUUUCAGGGUCUACCAAACCGUAUGGAACCAAACCAGACAGCUUGGUGGAAAUUCAACAGGAGAGUUGGUGUUUCUUGAAUGUUUUUUAGCUUUUCUUUUGUGAUGUAAUAUUCAAAUGGCCACAAGCUAAACACUACAGACUGACUGGAGUACAAUUGGCUGCUAGAUCUGUCCACACGGAGUAAAACAUAUCCAGAACUGAUCCUGAUCUCUGACAUAAAUUUCCAUCAGGAUCCUGAACUAAGUUGCUGCGUUGCCCAGCCCUGCUGUGACUCCAUUCCUACCUGCCUUAUAUGUGUGAAAAUUGAAUGUAAACUACUUAGAGUGUCAUUUUUGUUUGAUCACUUUUCUCUUUUUCCAAAGAGCACAUAUUACUCUUUAUACACUAUUAUUUGUAUGUUUUGUGUUUAACUCAUUCCAGCCUCUACUCAGGUCUGAUCACUUAAAGGAGAAAACUAUUUACCCUAUUUUAGAUCUUAAUGACUAACAGGUAAAAACAAAAAGGUUUGCAGUGUCUCCAGUAGGGCUGUUGUUUUGAUACUUUGAUCCAUUUUAGUAGCAUGUGCUCUAAAAAUAUACAGUUGGUAUUAUUUUUACAUUGGACAGUCUAAACCUAAAACUGCUUAGAGCUGCAAAAAAAAAAAGAGAUCAAUGACAGAGAAAAAGUGAAGCGAGUUGGACUAGAUCUACAGGAGACAUUCACAGACUUUUUUGGGUCACUUUUAGUCAUUGACAGUCUAAAGUAUAUUCAAAAGUUAAAAAGUACAAGAUUGAACCUUAGACGCGGAUGAAGCUGAUGUUCAGCCACUCCCAGAUGAAGUGUAGUCUUGAUACCCCACACAGACCUGUGCCAGUCAGACCUUUCAAGCUAACACUCUGACUCUGUGAUCACUAAGCUUUGUACAUGUAGCUUUAUAAACACUAUCUCUCACUCCACCUCUAUUCUCCGUCAGCCUUAUAUAUCAGACACUCGUCUGUGUGACAAAGAUUGUUACUCUGAUCAUGUUGAAUGUAUGUACAACAAUAAAAUACAUGUGAAUUAUCAUGGAGCA